AUGGAAGAGAAGGAAGCGGGCCAUGCUGUUCCUGAAGAAACAUCACCUAAGGUUCCGGUCGAAGUCAAUCCAGUGCCAGGAAAAUCAGGCUAUCAGCCCCCUGAAGGCGGCACCCGAGCAUGGUUGGUGGUUCUCGGGUCGACGUUGGCCUUGUUCAGUACAUUGGGAUACGUCAAUUCUUUCGGUGUCUACCAGGAGUACUACUCAACCCACCAGCUGCGAGACCGUUCAGCCUCCUCCAUCGCUUGGAUUGGCUCGAUCCAGGUUUUUUUCCAGUUUAGUAGUGGUGUCGUUGCUGGCCCUCUUUUUGAUCGGCAUGGGGAAAAGAUCAUGUGGUUCCCUUGCGUGACCUACACAUUCGCAAUCAUGAUGACAAGUCUGUGCAAAGAAUACUAUCAAUUCAUCUUAGCCCAAGGCAUCCUCAGUGGCAUCUCCUCGGGUCUGAUUUUCACGGUCGCCGUCUCCGUGCCGAAUCACUACUUCAGACGAAAUAUUGGCGCUGCCGUCGGCAUCAUCGUGGCUGGUUCGAGUCUGGGAGGGGUUAUCUUCCCCAUCACUCUCAACCAACUGCUCAACCUUUCGACCAUCGGCUUCGGCUGGAGCGUGCGGAUCUGUGGCUUUAUCAACGUUGGUCUACUGUCCCUCUCUUGCCUUACUAUUAAGGCGGCGGCGCGCAACAUGGGCAGGAAGCCCGAUCCAGCAUCUUUCAAACGACCUGUCUUCUACCUCACCACCAUAGCGUCCUUCUUCCUAGUCUGGGGCAUGUUUGUUCCCUACUUUUACCUCCCGGUAUACAGCAUCCAACGCGGGAUGAGCGCCGAUCUCGCGUCUUAUCUCAUCGCCAUCAUGAACGCGGCGUCUCUCUUUGGACGAGUGCUCCCCGGCAUGGCGGCGGAUAGGCUUGGUCGCUACAAUCUGUGGCUUGUGGCGUGUUUCAGCUCCGGGAUCCUGCUACUCUGCUGGGGUGCCACCAAGUCCAAUGCAGCCAUUCUGGUCUUUGCCAUUUUGUUCGGUUUCUUCUCAGGCGCCAUCAUCUCGUUGAUGAACGCAUGCGUGGCUCAGAUCACGCCCGAUCCCAGACAGAUCGGGGCCCACAUCGGGGUGCUUUCCUUUAUUUGUGGGUUUGCCGGUCUGUCAGGAUCGCCCAUCAGUGGUGCCAUAGCAACUGAGUACAACAGCUAUGUGGAUAGCGGGUAUUUUGGGGGCGCCUCGAUGAUCCUGGGUGCUUUCAUCGUCGUGGCGGCUCGGCUUGGGCCUAAGGAAAGAAAAUUGAAGGUAUUUUGA